AUGCUCCUCAACGAUCGUGAGUCCUACAAAGUCUGCGAUGUCGCCAGUCUAAAGUCCCUAGUCACAAAAGUUAACAGAAAUCUGGCUCGACCAAAGGAGGACAAGGUCAUCAUAUGGUAAAUGGCAAUGCCCACAGAAACUGCUAUAGCGAGAUUCUAAGGUCUCUCAAAAGUACACAAGCCAGAUGUUCCCCUCCGUCCAAUCGUCUCACUCCGAGGCACACUCACAUAUGGGCUUGCAAACUGGCUAUUUCAGAAGCUAAGAUUCUUAAGUGCAGGCUCACAAAAAACAGUGCACUCAACAGAACAAUUCCUGGUAAGAGGAUACAAGGUAGCCCUCGCAGUACGGUAAACCGCCAGCUGCCUGUCUUACGGGACCGGUGGUAAUAGGGGCUAUACGGGUGGGGCCUGUGAGUGGAGGCAAAAAUGAGGCAAGCAGUACACAUCUAAAAAUGAAACCUCAAGGGUAGUGGAAGCCUGAUUUAAAUAAGAUGAAAAAUGCAGGGAAGGUUUGUAAAUGGGCACGGAUAAAUAAAACGGUAUGCGGAAUAAAUGCAGCCUUGCCCCGGAUAGGAAAGAAUGCCAAGGGAAAGUUUCCAACCAAUAGGAAUAAGGAAGUGUGUACUAAGGCCAGUCCGCGAAUGUGCGAUAUUACGAUAACCAUCGAAAUGGACACAGGAGCACAUGUGUCAAGUUGCGACCCACACGACGGAACAACGCAAGUGGAGUGAGUAUUUAAUGUGAAAAAAGUAUAUUUGGUUGGAUGAGCAACGUUGAAAGUAAUAGUUUAGUGCCACUGUGGUAACAUAUGGGGAAUAAAACUGUGGCAGUAGUUGUGCUCUGUACGUGAACGGUAUGGAAUUAAAUGUAAACAGGAAAUAGCACUUUUUGUAAAAAAAAUUCCGCUUUCGUCUGUCUUGCAGAGCCCAGUCUGGUAGAAGGCGACGAAAAGCACGACCACAAGUGAAUAUGCCGACGGAUUAUGGACGGAUUCUUGAAAUAAUCCAGUCGCCCUACCUAGUGCAAUAUCUGCAACGGAAAGGGCUCCUGACCCGUAGGGUCUUAUGUAGGUGCCGGAAGGCCAUGCCGUUACAAGUAUUGCGACAACACACGGAUGGUUAUGCCUUUAGGUAAGGUCUGUUUACUGUGGUAUACAGACCGUAGAUGCGCCCGAUGUGGAGAUAAGAGAGCCCUGAGAGUGGGCUCAGUGUUUGACGGGAGGCACUUGACACUGCCUAAAGCGAUGAAAACGUGCCUUUCUUUCAUUGAAGGCACUGGGGUGACUAGAUGUGCAGCCAUAGUAGGAAUAACUAAGAAGACCGCAGUUGACUGGUACGGUAUAUGGCGAGACGUAUGCACAAAGGCCCUCCUACAAGAAGUAGGUCAACUCGGUGGGCCCGACAUCGAAGUCCAAGUCGACGAAACGAUGAUUUCGCGACGCAAAUACAAUGUGGGGCGACUGAAGAAGCAGAAUUGGAUUAUGGGUAAGUGAACAGUGUACUGUCACAUCAUUUUAGGCAUGUAUGAUUCGGCCAAAAAGAAAGCCCUGUUCGAGCAAGUAAAUGAUAGAAGCUGGCCGUCCCUAAGGGCUGUCAUAAGAAAGUGGAUUGCGCCAGGCAGCGUGAUAGUCACUGAUGAAUGGAAAGGAUAUGCACGUGUGGCGGAUGAAGGAUAUCGACAUUUAACGGUCAAUCAUUCAGUUAAUUUUGUCGACCCAGUCACUCGAAGGAACACGAACGCUAUCGAAGCCUACAGGAGUAGGCUGAAGAAAAAAUUACGUGAACACGGUCCCAUCCGGGGAAGGAACAUCUGGGCUCAUGUAGACGAAGCCCAGUACCGCCUGUGGUAUGGCCUCAAGGCAGGCAAUUUGCCCCAAGCAUGGGAAUUAUUCUUAAAGCAUAUAGCGGACGCUUACCCGGUUGCUGACCGUACUUGUUCAGCGGAAGACGAAGCGCAGCUGACACAAAGGUAAGCGUCGGUCAUUGAUGACAUAAACCAUUAUAUUAGCUAA